AACUCAUUUCAAAGUUAUUUUGUCUUUUACUCUCUUCCUCUUCUUUCAUUUUUUCAUUCUUUUUAUCUUUCAUUCUUUCAUUCGAUCGUUCAUUCCCCUCCGCAUUCACUCAUUCAUUCGACCUUUUCAAUCCUUCACUUGUAUCUAUACCUUUUUACGGCUCUUGUCUUUUAUUUUAUUUUCUUUUUCUUUCUCUCUUCCAUAUUCAUAUUCUUUUUAAAAUAGUCACAGUCAUCAUACAAUGGGUCUCUUAUCACUCGGAACACCCAUGCCUUGGGACGAGGCCAAGAAGUAUGCUGACCACGUCCGAACCCAUGGUAUCAUCCAGUUCCUGAACCUCUGGGAGGCUACCAAGGAUUCACAAAAGGAUUGUCUUCUCUGGGGUGAUGAGAUCGAGUAUAUCGUUGUCAGUCUCGAUGAGGAGAAUCAGCGAGCCAAGCUCAGCUUGCGUGUCUGGGAGAUCCUACAGCAUUUGGCCAUACAGGAGGAAGAAGCCAUGACCGAUCCUGCCAAAAGAUUGCUAGUCGACUCAUCAUGGCAUCCUGAAUACGGUCGCUACAUGUUGGAGGGUACUCCUGGCGAACCCUACAUGGGACUUCCUCGCGAUCUGUUGGCUGUCGAACGGAAUAUGAAACUUCGACGUGAACUGGCCCGUUCGCUCAUGAAGCCAAAUGAGGUCCCUGUAACACUGACAUCUUAUCCCCGUCUUGGAUGUGCUGGAGAAUUCCUUGAGCCCCAUCAUGAGCCACAUGGUCCAGCUGCUCGCAGUCUCUUUGUCCCAGAUGAUAUCAUUAAUGCUCACGCUCGAUUCCCAACUUUAACCGCCAAUAUUCGCCGUCGCCGUGGAUCCAAAGUUGCAAUCAAUAUGCCUAUUUUCCACGAUGUCAAUACUCCAAAACCUUUUAUCGAUCCUACUAUCCCAACUUUUAAUGACUAUCCCGAGGAUAAGAAUGCGAUUGAAGAAGGAGCUGCCAAACCAGAUCAUAUUUACAUGGACGCUAUGGCUUUUGGCAUGGGAUGUUGUUGUCUACAGAUCACAUUUCAGGCGGUCAAUGUCGAUGAGGCACGCAAGAUCUAUGAUCAAAUGGCGCCAUUGGGCCCCAUCAUGUUGGCCUUGACAGCUGCUGCUCCCAUUUAUCGUGGAUAUUUGAGUGAUGUUGAUUGUAGAUGGAAUGUGAUUGCUCAAUCCGUAGAUGACAGAACCGAAGAAGAGCGUGGACUCAAGCCUCUCAAAGAAAACAAGUACAGGAUCCCCAAAUCACGUUAUGAUUCGAUAGACUCGUACAUCUCUAAUGACCCCAGCUACAAGCCUGAGUACAACGACAUACCCUUGGUCUACGACGAGGACAUUUACAAAAAGCUUUCCGACAAUGGCAUUGAUGAUCUCUUGGCUCGCCAUAUCUCACAUCUCUUCAUCCGUGAUCCCUUGGUGAUUUUCCAUGAGUUGUUGAAUGUGGACGAUAACGAGAGCACAGACCAUUUCGAGAAUUUACAGAGUACCAAUUGGCAAACCAUGCGUUUCAAACCCCCACCUUCAAAGACCAGUCCUAUUGGUUGGCGUGUCGAGUUCCGCUCAAUGGAGAUUCAGUUGACAGAUUUUGAGAAUGCAGCCUUUGCGAUCUUCAUUGUCUUGGUCACCCGUGCUGUACUAAGCUUCAACACCAACUUUUAUAUUCCUAUUUCCAAGGUUGAUGAGAACAUGAAGGUCGCCCAUCAUAGAAACGCCGUUCUUCAAGAAAAGUUCCAUUUCCGUAAACAAAUUUUCCCUCAGUCGCGACCUAGCACACCAGCUUCAGGAACCCCUUCUGGAUCACCCCCCCAUACAGACAACAGCAACAGUAGCCACCAUCACCAUCACCAACAACAACCUUCCGCAGGAGUGGAUAAUGAGUAUGAACUGAUGACGAUUGAUGAGAUCAUCAAUGGCAAUCCAGCAAAGGGAUUCCCUGGACUGCUGGGAUUAGUCAACAAUUAUUUGAACACAUUGAACAUUGAUAUUGAGACACGAUGUGAGAUUAGCAAAUAUCUUGAAUUGAUCAAGAAGCGUGCGAAUGGAACAUUGAUGACAGCAGCCUCAUGGAUCCGUCAAUUUGUACAGAACCAUCCUGAUUAUAAGAAGGAUUCGGUUGUGUCCGAAAAGAUUAAUUUUGAUCUGAUCAAGACUUUGGAGAAGAUCAACAAGGGCGAAGUUCAGGUACCGGAGCUCCUUGGC